UGGAGUAAUCGUCCGUCGACACAUGUUAACUUACUGGAAUAGGUUUUCAUUCAUUUAAGAACCUUUUGGGGUAGUUGGAAUAUUAAAUCAUCCAAAAUGAACCGGAGAUUAUACCCAAUCUCUUUCUUUGCGUUUUUCGUGGCUCUCCUUCUAUUUAUUCUGAAAAUCGCGUCUGCAGAUCUGAGCUACAAUAUUCCCGAAGAAACGAAGCGUCACUACGUGAUUGCAAACAUAGCCAAGGAUUUCAAGAUGGAUGUUAAACAAUUGUCUGCACGUAAAGCUCGAAUAGACCCGGAGGACAGCAGUAAACGGUACUGUGAUAUUAAUCCAAAUACUGGUGAUUUAUUUGUGGCAGAGACCAUAGACCGAGAAGAGCUUUGUGGAUCUAGAAUGUCCUGCAUUCUUAAUUACGAGCUUGUCCUGGAAAACCCUCUUGAUGUGCACCGUAUAAUAUUUCAAAUUCAGGAUAUAAAUGACAACACACCUCGAUUUCCAAAUGAGCGCAUUAACUUUGAAAUAAGAGAAUCAGCAGUAAAAGGCCAGCGAUUCCGUUUGGAUGAGGCACAUGAUUCAGACAUCGGGAAAAACUCUAUCAAUGACUAUUCUCUGGAGAAAAAUGAACAUUUUGUACUGACCGUACAAACUGCGGAUGAGGAAAAAUAUGCCGAACUCGUGUUGGAAAAGGAGUUGGAUCGUGAACAGCAGAAAGAGAUGGAUCUGAUACUCACAGCUACUGAUGGUGGUUUACCGCAGAGGUCUGGCACUGCUGUCAUACACAUCACUGUUCUAGAUGCUAAUGAUAAUGUGCCAGUGUUUGAUCAACCUAUCUAUAAGGUCACUCUGGCUGAAAACACACCUUCAGGAACAGAUAUAAUCAGAGUGAGCGCCACUGAUGCUGAUGAAGGUCCAAACGGAGAAGUGACAUAUGAAUUCAGCAGGAUAUCAGACAAAACUGCUAAGUUAUUUUCGAUUGAUAAGACAACAGGACAAAUUUUGGUAAAAGGGGAAAUUGAUUAUGAAUCUGAAAAGAACUAUGAGCUCGGAAUUCAAGCUAAAGACGCCUCUGGGUUAGCAUCAAUUGCUAAAGUUAUCAUAGAUAUAACCGAUGUUAAUGAUAAUCCUCCGAGAAUCAUUCUUAAAUCUUUGAAUAACCCGAUACCUGAAAACUCUGAGCCAGGAGCUGAGGUGGGAAUCAUUAACGUUCAAGACAAAGACUCGGGAGAAAACCGUCAGAUUCGUUGUUCUGUUCAGCAAAAUGUUCCUUUCAAACUGAACCCAUCUGUUAAAAACUAUUUCUCUCUAGUAACGACAAAAGCUCUAGACAGAGAGAAAGAAUCUGAUUACAACAUUACCAUCACAGCCACUGAUGGGGGAUCUCCACCAUUAUCCACCUCCAUGACAAUCCAUUUAUUUGUCUCAGAUGUGAAUGACAAUCCUCCUGUAUUUGAGCAACAGGCCUACAGUGCAUAUAUAAAUGAAAAUAACAAAGCAGACACUUCAGUUUGUUCUGUCAGUGCAAAUGACCCAGACUGGAGACAGAACGGGACUGUACUGUACUCUCUGGUACCCAGUGAAGUCAGUGGAGUCCCAGUGUCCUCAUUUCUCUCCAUUAAUGGAGAUACAGGAGUGAUUCAUGCUGUGAGAUCAUUUGACUAUGAGCAGUUCAGAAACUUCAGUGUCAAAGUUGUUGCCAGAGAUAAUGGUUCUCCUCCACUCAGCAGUAACGUGACUGUCAAAGUCUUCAUAACGGAUGAGAAUGAUAACUCUCCACAGAUAUUAUACCCUGUUCCUGAUGGAAAGACUUUAAUGACUGAAAUGGUCCCUAAAGCGACUCUCUCAGGCUCUCUGGUGUCAAAGGUGAUUGCUGUAGAUGCUGACUCUGGACAGAAUGCAUGGCUGUCCUAUCAGAUCUUGAAAUCUACUGAUCCGGGACUUUUCACUAUUGGUCUCCAUAGUGGAGAGAUCAAAACUCAACGAGACAUUUCUGAAUCUGACAAUAUGAAGCAGAAUCUUGUUAUUUCAGUGAAGGAUAACGCCCAGCCAUCUUUGUCUACAACAUGUGUUGUGAAUUUACUGAUUUCUGAUAAUCUUUCUGAAGUUCCUGAACUUAAAGAUAUGAGCUAUGAGGACAACAACUCUAAAUUAACCUCAUACUUGAUCAUUGCAUUAGUUUCCGUCUGCACUUUCUUCCUGACGUUCAUCAUACUGAUGUUGGCAGUGAAGUUUUGUCACAGGAGAAAGCCCAGACUGUUGUUUGAUGGAGCAGUUGCUGUUCCCAGCGCCUAUCUGCCUCCAAACUAUGCAGAUGUGGAUGGAGCAGGAACUCUCCGCAGCUCUUACAAUUAUGACGCGUAUCUGACAACAGGCUCGCGCACCAGUGACUUUAAGUUUGUGAGCUCGUAUAAUGAAAACACACUUCCGGCCAGCGGGACUCUGAAUAAGGAACACAAUAUUCAUUUCGGCUCAAGCAUAAUAACUCUAGACGUAACAGGAGAUAAAGUUGAGCAAAAGCCACCUAAUACUGACUGGCGAUUUCCCCCAAACCAGAGGCCUGGACCCAGCGGGGCUGGAGCACGUCCUGAAGAGGCAGGUGCCGGUGCUGGUGUGAUAGCAGGAACAGGACCAUGGCCCAACCCCCCUACUGAGGCUGAACAGCUCCAGGCUAUGAUGGCAGCAGCAAACGCAAGUGAAGCCACUGCGACUCUUGGCCCUCGCUACAAUCUACAGUAUGGCCCGGAUUACCGUCAGAACGUCUACAUCCCAGGCAGCACUGCCACCCUUACAGCCAACCCUCAGCAACAGGUUCUCCAGCAGGCCCUUCCUCCACCACAGGCCCUUCCACCUACCGAAGCCCCCAAAGCGGCUCAAACACCAGCCAGUAAGAAGAAACCCACAAAGAAAGACAAGAAGUAAGACCUGUGGAAUAGCUGAAGAAACAUGUUGCCGGGAAUCUAAACAUCUAUCCUCUCAAACCAUGUUGGGUUUGGAUGAAGAUUUAAAAAGAAAAAAGUGAAUAGUAUUACUUGUUUUAGCGUUAACAUGAGACAAUAAGCAACCAAACAAGAGGAAAUGUGUUCAGAUUCCCGAAGCCAUUUCUCUGACAGAUAUCUCUGUCUUGUAAAUAGCAUACUAAAACAAGAAGAAACACAUUUCUUCUUUUUAUUUUUUCCCUCAAAUGUCACGUUUUAGGCUUUUUGUGUUCUUUUCAAAGCAAAGUAGAUGCUUAUUGUGGAUACAAAAUGAAACGCUGUUAGGCUUUUUAACAUGAUGUGCCACAACUCUCACCUUAACUGAAGAAAGGAGUAUUGAGCUGAACUAUGCAUUGCAAAGGAGAUACAAAAGGUGAACGUAUAUAUAAAGUGUUUUCCAGGUGAGAUAAUACAUGUAUAUUUGCGUAAAAAAAUCUGACGGUGAGACACUGGAUUGUCGGCAUGGUGUUUAAAAAUAGAUUCAGUCUUCUCAUUAACUUCUUAAUAGCCAGUUAAGCAGAGCUGAAUGUUAGGUUAAUGACGUUUGACUAUUCUUUGUUAUUAUUUCCUGUUGGCGUGCUAAAGAAUCCUCUGGAAAUGAAGUAAUGUAAACAGUGUUUUUUUGAUGCUGAGAAAAGAUAAUCACAGCCUUUGUAAGGUCAAUGAUUUGGGUCAAAGGAAGAAGAUCUAAAGAAGGAAACAGCAGAAAUGUGCUUGAAUGGAUCUUAGAUGGAAGGAUUUCAUGUCUGUUCAUCUGCACCUACCACCACUAUCGUGUAUAUAAAAUGUGUAACCUGUCUGUACAAACAUUAGAGCCACAAGGGCUGGCUGUUACAGGAAUGUUUCAGUAUUUUUUACAAAAAAAAGCAACAAAAAAAGACACUAGAAAAAAAAAAGAUCCAGUGUAGUGUUUUAGGAAUAAAAGCUUCAAGUCCAUCGACUAACCAAACUGUACAUACUACGAAACUUCUGAUGACACGCAAUCGUAGCUUAAGGCUUGUGGAGUAUGUGCAUAUUUUUGUGUUUUCCCCCUCUUGAUUACACUUUACUUUCCUCUUCUCCAAUCACCUAAACCUUUGAAAGAUAACAGACAAUACUUAUACUGUCUUUGCUAUAGAGUAACACCCUUUCCUAUCUUACUGUACUUUUCUGUGCUUGUAAUUCCAAUCAGUCCUUAAUGAUACUGGAAUGCCACUCCUGUCUGUUUGACUUUGAAUAUCUAUCUAUCUAUAUAUAUAUAAAUGUCUGUCUGCUGCUUGGCUACUUUUUCUGUAUUUGACUGUGAUUCCUUUAAAGAAACGCUUAGCACCUCAUGUUACUCUUUUUAUUUUAUAAUCUACUAUUUAUAUCGCUGUUUGAUUUAUGUUUUACUUUAUUAUUGGAACACUUACAUUUGAAAUAAAAUUUUGUCAGAACUC